AUGUCCGCUAUGCAGAGUGAUGAUGUUGUGGAAUCCGACGAAGAAAUGCCAAAAAUUAGAUUGCAGAAACCAUCCUCUAAAUGCGGUGGAAAGAGUUUACCAAAGAUGUCCGCUAUGCAGGGUGAUGAUGUUGUGGAAUCCGACGAAGAAAUGCCAAAAAUUAGAUUGCAGAAACCAUCCUCUAAAUGCGGUGGAAAGAGUUUACCAAAGAUGUCCGCUAUGCCGAGUGAUGAUGUGAGUCUUUUUUUUGGAUACACUGAAAAAUAUUUUGCAUUUGUUAUUUUAAAGAUUGUGGAGUCGGAUGUGGAAUUGCCUAAAGUUCCAUUACCAGUUGUGGAGUCGGAUGUGGAAUUGCCCCAAGUUUCAUUACCAUCCUCUAAAUGUAGUGGAGAGAACAUGCCAUUGGGGAGAAAAAUCAAGAGUUCCACUAUGCAGAGUGAUGAUCUGCCAGAUUUGUGUUCCUCGAAAGAAGAAUCUCCAUGUAUAAAAGAGGAUGAGCUCAUGGACAGAGAAGUUGAAAAGUUUUUUGAUUUAAUGGACAAGAAGAUCAAGAGGAAGACAAUGGCCGAUGAAUAUGAAAUACGAUUUCCAAAGGAAGGGAAACGUAUUACAAUAGUUUAUGAAGUUCAUGGUGGAAUGGCUUUAAGCAGGCCGUUUGACACUGAUGACACAAUGCUGAGUGUUUUUACAUUCGCUUGUCAGGAAAUCAACCCGGAAAUAUUGCCUCCAUCAUUUUACUUUGAAUGUGUCUCUACCGAAUCCUGCAUGUUUGCGAAUUGCCAGCAUUCAUUUAAGUUGGAAGAAUGCCACGGUAUCAACAUUAGAGACAUUCCAGAUGUGCUGUUGUUAAAGGAGGCCGAAUACAGUUUGGAUGACACACUAACUAAUUACGGUGAUGUGCACCUGCAGGGAAGUGUUGGUCCAGUGUUUCAUUGACUGUUUUAACACCUUCAGAGAUACCUGAUCAUCAAUAAUAUGUUUUUUUUACAAUGUGUUCCAGAAAGAAAUCUAUAUACGUUCAUGCUACCCAACCUCGCAUGCUUCUUCAUCCAUUUUGCUCACCUAUAGAAUUAUGUUUCUGAUAAGAGGUUUUUCAUGAACACAAAUAUGAAUUCUAUGCAAUAAUAAAUUUAUAA